GGCAUUAGCGCUUUGUCUGAGCUCCGUGUGAAGGAUUAUCGUCUCUUUUUGAUCUGUUAACGUUACAUAGACAGUUUAUAUCAGUCAUACUCAUACAUUUCCCUGCAUGGGAGACUCCACAGCUUCUACAAUGAGUAGUUUGAGGGCGUAUAAGGAGCCUUUUGACAGAAUCAGCUCUGAACCUGUGGAGGACACAGACACCACCAGCUUUGAAAUUUCCUUGGAGGCCAAUUAUCCAGUGCAGGUGACAGAUCCCCAUGAUGCUGUGACACUCCACCUUAGCUCAAUGCCAUCUGGAUACCCCUCCUCAGACAGAAUAAGACAGCCGGUUGAAGAUGUCGAAUGCUUGUGCCCAACAUCAAUUUUACCAGACUACCCCAAAGAACUGCAGUUACUUAACAGCCCCUGUGAAAAAUGCUGCUGCCCAGCCCCUCCUCCCAAGAUUAGUGACCUCAUGAAUGACAAAGAUCUCCUGGACUUACUACGGCUCAAACUGGAUCCAAACCACUGCACCAUCAAAAACUGGAAGAACUUUGCGAGUCGCUGGGGGAUGAGCUACGAUGAACUGACCCUGCUGGAGCACCGGACGCAGGGCUCCUUGUCCCACAGCCCCACCCAGGAGUUCCUGCUGCGCUACAACCAGAAGACGGUCACUGAGCUCACUGAACUUUGCCGCAUCUACCAGCGCAUUGAUGUGCUGCGACUGCUGCAGACCUGGAUAGAGAAAGACUGGCCGUCACGCUGGCAACAGACUCUUUAACAAGUUUGACUCUCUGUAUAUUUAUCCCGUCUCUCUUUUCUCUUCUGUCAGGGUUGUACUUGUUAGGGAUUUCUUCUUCUUCACAUUUUACCAACAUCUAUUUAGUAGCUAGUGUUUAGGAAGUGCUCUUUUUUUUUUACCUUUAUUAGACACAGUGAGGGAGGCAGACAGGAAAUGGACAGAGAGAAAGGUGCAUGACAUGAAACAAAGGUUGUUAAGCCCCCAUGAAGAGUGCUGGGCUUUACAUAGUGGCUGUGUAAUCACAGCAAUACCAUCUGUCACAUGAUGCACACCGGCCCAAAAUGACUUUUUCCUAUACGGUUACAUUGUGGCUAUAAAACAGUGGAUACAUGUUUUUCACAACCCCUGCAGAAUGACACUAUAUCACUAUCAGAAUGUGAUUCAUUCAGUUCAAUAGCAUUUGGAAAGUCUAAAAGACCUGCACAAUUAAAUAAUUUUAUCCCUGUUCAAGUUAGCAGAGGACCAGCUCGGAAGUCUCUAGUGUGCUUGCCCCACAAUGCAGAAGCAAAAUUUUAUACUGGGAAAUCAAACUUUUUUGUCUUAAUGCAUCACUAAGCAACUUCCAUAAGAAUCUGUAUCUAGUACUACUUUAAUACAUCCAUGGGGAUGGAGUCACACUGAUGACGAUGUGGUUAUCUGGCAUGUAAUGUAACCAUUUGGCUCCCAAGGCACUCCAGCAAACAAUCUUAAGAAAAAGAUAAAACAAUGACCAAUAAGUGAAAAGUGAAGCAUCACUGUGUGCUUCAGGAAUCACAGGAUUUAAUUGAUUUCACAUUUGUGGUUUGUUUAGAUAGAUUGUCAAGAAAUUUGAUAUAGACAUCCAUGUUCCUCUCAGGAUGAAUUGUAAUAAACCAUCAUCCAAUCAAAAUUAAAAAAUGUUGUUAUUUUAUACUUUGAUUUUAUACUUUGAUUUAUGACCAAAUAACUGAAAAACUGACAUUCCCAU